AUGGCCACUGAGAAGAAGAUCAUAACCCUGAAGAGCGCGGACGGCCAGAUUUUCGAGGUGGAAGAGGCGGUGGCUCUGGAAUCGCAGACCAUCAAGCAUAUGGCGGAGGACGACUGCGUUGACAAUGCAAUUCCUUUGCCCAUCGUCGAAAGCCAUAUCCUCGCCAAGGUCAUAGAGUAUUGCCGGAAGCACGUUGAGUUUGCGGCCAAUGACGAGAACAAGGACACCGUCAAGAAGUUCAACGAUGACUUCGUCAACGGAAUUAAGACCGACCAGAGUGUUCUGUUUGAUACAAUCUUGGCUGCAAACUAUCUGAACAUCAAGAGCCUGCUGGAUUUGACCUGCCAGACUGUGGCUGACAUGAUCAAGGGAAAGACACCAGAGGAGAUUCGCAAGACCUUUAACAUCCAGAAUGAUUUCACUCCGGAGGAAGAAGAGGAAAUUCGUAAGGAGAACGAAUGGGCAUUCGAAUGA